CCAUUGCUGUGUUGCUGUAGUUCUUCACCGCGGCCGUAAAGUGCGCCUACGUUACGGUCACGAUUCACGACUGUCAAUAAUUAUUAUCAUUUACCACGACGACGGCAAGACAAUAAUCAUUAAUAACUCCAUCAUAUUGUAGUCAUUAUAAUAAUUGAGCGUCUUUUAAUUAUUUUAAUGGGUACGUGCGUGUACAACUACAACACUACAAUAACACGACGAUAAUAAUAAUAAUAAUAAUAAUAAUAUUAUAGUGGGUGCGUGCGUAGUGCGUGUGCGUUUGCGUGCGUGUGGCAAUCCGUCGUGGUCGCGCGCGUUAUCCAAGUUCCCAAUUCCCAAUCGGUUCGACCCGAUAAAGAAUAAAUGCUCUGAGUGGCUGGCCUCCGCCGCCGCGUUCCGACCGACUCAUCUGGAUCGUCAUACGACGUGGCACGUUUAAUGUUUAUCAUCCGUGUGUCACGCACCGCGUUGGUCUCGAUCCGCACUAUGGACCGUCCGCAUUUCAGAAGACGACCCUCGACGACGUCCGCCGCCGACUCCUCUGUCGCCCACGAUUCGAGCACCGACAACGUUUAACAGGUCUCCACCGCCUCCACUAGGCACGUCAGCACGUCAUCGGCCCCCCGGGCAAGAGACGCACGCCGAGGAUAAGUCAACCCAGAUCCGGCGUAUAGAGACGACCGACGGCUGGACUCGGGGCAUGUAAAGACAUGUGCGGCGUCGACACGAAAAUGGCCCAAACCAAAGCCCUGAUAUUGGUCGGCGGUUACGGCACCCGUCUGAGACCACUCACGCUCAGCCGGCCAAAGCCGCUCGUCGAGUUUGCCAACAAGCCGAUGAUACUCCAUCAGAUCGAAGCCCUGGUCACAGUCGGUGUGCGAGAGGUUAUAUUGGCCGUUUCGUACCGUGCUGAACAGAUGGAAAAAGAGAUGAGUGAUGAGGCCAAGAAACUUGGUGUUCAACUAGUUUUUUCACAUGAAUCUGAACCGCUUGGCACGGCUGGACCUUUAGCUCUAGCCAAACAUUUGUUGGCUAAUGAACAAAACCAACCAUUUUUUGUUUUAAACUCUGAUAUUAUUUGUGAGUAUCCAUUUAAAGACUUGAUUGCGUUCCAUAAAUCGCAUGGUCGUGAAGGUACAAUUGUGGUGACUAAGGUUGAAGAGCCAUCCAAGUAUGGUGUUGUGAUGUAUGAUGAAGACACUGGUCGCAUAGAAAGUUUCAUUGAAAAACCACAAGAGUUUGUCUCUAACAAAAUCAAUGCAGGCAUUUACAUUUUAAAUCCAUCUGUGUUGGAUAGAAUUAAGUUGGAACCAACAAGCAUUGAAAAAGAAGUGUUUCCGUUUAUGGCCCAAGACGGUCAAUUAUAUGCGUUUAACUUAAAAGGAUUCUGGAUGGAUGUAGGACAACCAAAAGAUUUCCUAACUGGAAUGUGCAUGUACUUGACAUCGUUAAAGACACGUAGUCCAACUUCAUUGUAUUCUGCUGAUGGUGUCGUUGGUAAUGUUCUAGUUGAUCCAACUGCGACUAUAGGUGAAGGUUGUAAAAUUGGUCCUAAUGUUACUAUUGGUCCAAAUGUAACUGUUGAAGAUGGUGCUUGCUUAAGAAGGUGUACCAUACUAGCGGGGGCUACAGUUAAAUCACAUACGUGGUUGGAUUCUUGCAUAAUUGGUUGGCGUUCAGUAGUUGGAUGUUGGGUGCGUAUGGAAAAUACUACCGUACUUGGAGAAGAUGUUAUUGUUAAAGAUGAACUGUACAUUAACGGUGGACAGGUUUUACCACACAAAUCAAUCAGUACUUCAGUACCUGAUCCUCAAAUUAUUAUGUGAUUAAUAUUAUUUUAUUUGUAAAAAAUAUUUUAAUUAUUAUUAAUUGUUAAUUUUUUAUUUUUGUGUACAUAAUUGGGGUUUUAUUAAUUUUUAUUUAUCAAAUAUUGAAUCUGCGCGAAAAAGGUCAAUCUUAAUCUUUUUGGAUAAAUGUAUCCUAAGGCCAGACAAAUAAAAAAAUUAAAGCUUAUUCUUAUAUUAAAUUCAUUAUGAUGAAACAUCUGUUCUGGCAGUUCAGAUUUCAUAACUGCCACACACAGAAAGGUUGGACCUUUCAGAUCCCAAGGCGCAGAAUUAUAUUAUAAAAAACAAUUAUUGUAGACAUAUUAAAUAGCUAUUUAUUUUGUAACCUACCAUAAUAAAUUAGGUUAAUGAGCAUGAUUCAUGCAAUACUACAUUGGAAAAUAAACAAUUAUUUUUUUA